AUGGCUUCCAAGAAGGAUACACUCUAUCCCAAAAUCUCUGGUAAGCCCAAAAACUUACUUCUGGAAUUCUCAAAGUACCAGAGAACCUCGAAGACUCGACGUACUGGGAGUAUUCCUGUCACCGGAACAGUAAAACUUCAUGGAACUCAUGGAGACAUUCGCGUUACAGCAGACGACACUAUUUAUGUACAGACUCGAAACUCGGAUGUUCUUACACCGGCUCUCGACAGCUUGAAAUUCCUUGAUUUCAUCCAGCCCGCUCGAACAGAAAUCCUUGCCCUGAAAAGGCAGUUUCAUGCUCGUUUCAUGAAGCUGAACCCCAAAGCCAAGAUUAACGAUGAACAUCCUCUCAUCAUCGCUGGCGAGUGGAUCGGCCCUAAGAUCCAGAAAGACGUAGCAGUCAGUGCAUUGCCAGAUCGAUAUUUCGUCAUCAUUUCUGUUUCUAUCAACAACGAAUGGCAGCCGGAUGAACCAUAUUCAGACAUCGAAAACGAGUCUAUCAACAUUGUAAACAUUUCUCGGGGAGGGUUUUACCACGAAACCAUCGAACUGAAGAAUCCGGAACCAGAAUUCGCAAAGAUGCAAGCUCUGGCCGAUGAGGUGGAGAAAGAGUGUCCUUUUGCGAAGACUUUUGGCCUCAUUGGCCUUGGUGAAGGCAUCGUCUGGAAACCUGCUGCGCCUCUUUGCCAUGAUGCAAAAUACUGGCUCAAGUUAAAGGGUCCAAUUUCCAUGGGGAUUGUAGAGGCUGGGCCGGCCGCUCGCAUGCCGCAGCGAAGCCAAUUCAUCGCUCCUGUCUUCGCGGCUCCAGCUCCCUCCUCUGCUGCCACGAACAAAGCCACGCCGAAUAGUAAGAUAAGCAACAUGGCAUCACAAGGAAAUGUCAUCGGUAUACCCACCGUCUCAGCGCCGCCUUCCUCUGUUGCAGCGAAUAGAGCUUCCAACAAGCCAGUAGGUGAGCAACUAUUGUUGGAAGGUCUGAGUUUGAGACAAUCUCCGGCGCUGUCAAUCUCUCCUUUCGCUACAGGAAGCAAAAUACUUGGUCAGGUGCUACCCGAAGGUCCUGGCUUGGCAGAAUAUUCAAUGGCAUCUGCAUCCACACCAUUGGGAAUGAAGAAAACUGCAAGUGAAAAUUCGGGGGAUUCUAGAAUUGAUGGAGAUGGUACUCCAUCGCCUUCGUUGCGAAGACGGGUCAGCGACAUGUCAUCAGAGACUCAAGGCUCUGGGCCAGGGCCAUUGACGCACAGAAGUGUUGGGGAAGAGAAAUUGCAAGAUUCGAGAAAUAUCAGAAAAGCCACAACCAUGUCAGAGGUAUCGAAGAAGGUUGUCUCAAUCUCGCUGGAGAAUGCAAGACUUCUCGAGACUCUCAAAUCGGCACCAGUGACACCUGAUAUGUUCCAACAGGUUAGAUCAGAGAUCAUGAGCCUUUUUCGGACGAGCAGCCCUGCGAAGUUGCCAACCGUGCCCAAGAGAGAAGUCGAGUAUACGCCAGAGGUCUCGAAGUCUGGUGAGAGUGUUUUCCCUUCUUCAGUUGUCCUCGAAGAAAUUGAAUGUGAAUCAUUAGACGACGAGGAUCAGGAAGAAGGCGGAUGGCCUAUGCCAUCAUUCAGGAAGAAAGCCCGCAGAAAACAGACCAAGAACACUGGUCUCGUUCCUCUGAUCACAGCCACCGUGGUAGUCGAAGCCAUCGAAUCAGAGCAUGUGCAGCUGAGUCCUGUGCCAUCAAAGGUUGGAGAUGAAAAUGAAGAGUACUCCGAAACUACCAAACCGGCUUGUCCACCACUGAUUCUCAAGAAGAUCGAGGGACCAGAGGUAAUAGCAGCCAGAAACUUCGCGAACGAAGUAAUUUGGGAGAGAAGAUUGGAGCAAGGAUGGCAAUAUCUCACCGAGAAGGGAGAACGUACCGAGAGACAAAACGCAGAAAAGUUUUUGAAUUGGUUGUGGGAAGACGUGGAGGUAGAGGAGGAAAUGGAGAUCGAGGAGCUUGAACUCAAUGUUGCUCUCUUGAAGAAAGAGAUUUUUAAAAUUGGCAGAGAUUGGUACUUUGAGCAUUUAGCCUUCGAGGAGCAGAAUGAGAACUGGGGGGUUGGAGCAGCGCGUUAA